AUGCCAGCUGAAGCAACUCCAUUUGUUCAAAUAUCGGAGGGAUACAUCAUACACGACAAGAAUGAAGAUGAAUAUGUAGUUUUCACCCUUCUUGAUUCGGUUUUGGCGUUGCUUUUUGAACGGGGAAAGGUGCAGAAGAGAGAGUCCAUGAAUUUCAGUCGAACUGAAUCCACUAAUGAAGAAUCUCUCCUUUAUUUACAUCAAAAGUUUGGCUUAAAUUCUGCAACGUUGUAUAGAUUCAUUGGAGAGAGGAUGAACCAGCAAAGUAGGAACAUAAAAUCUGAAAUGGGUCAUGUGGCAAACAAGGAUAGGGUUGAAUGGAACACGUAUUCAGAUGAUUCCGGCCUCCGCAACUGA